GCAGACUAAGUGUCAAAAUAACAGUAAACUUUGUGUUCGUGUGGUUAAUUUGCGUCUUUCUUUAUAAAGUUGUGGUUCGUUCGGUGAUGUGUGAAUGUGUUUGAAACCAAAUUAAAAAUAAAAUCCAAUGUGGAGUAGUUUGUGACAAAGGCAAUGAUGGAGUUGUCAAUUGAAACACCAGAUGCCUUUGCCACUUUUAGAAGACAAAAAACCAACCCGUUGUGCCCCCCUUCAACUUCUUGCCAAUUAGCAGUUGAUAACGACAUCAUCGACUCAUCUCAGUUGAUUUUCAGCGAUGACGAAAUUUGGUUGUGUGAAUGCUCGAGCCCCUCUGACACUAACCUUCAGACAUUUCUGUACAACCUUGAGGAAGAGUUUCCUAUCGUUCCGAAACUUUCUCCCAAAAACAUAGAUACGCGAACGUUUACUCGUCCCAAAAAGCGCUUUACCCGACCCAGUAUUGAAAAAUACAAUGAAGAACUGUACAGCAGUGAUGUAAAAGAGUUGACUGACAGUGGCAUCCAGCUCAAUGGAGGUUCGCAGGACGAUUCCCCCACGAAACCGUUACAUUUUGAUUUGGGGCAAACUACGUCUAGUGUUUAUUUUGAAAAUAUUCUAGCCAAUGCACCCAUGAUGGAUUCAUUCCAAAAUAUGUCGCCCCCGAGUCUGGUUAAUUCAAUGUGUUCAUCAACGUUUGCCACUUUGAUGGAGAGUAGUUUUAUUAAGAAUGAUCCGGUGUUGAGGGAGAUUCGGGAUACGGAUUAUACGGGAUCUAUUUUGCAGCAAGAGUCAGAGCCAAUGUUUCAGUCCAUUACAGAAAGCUACAGUAGUUUGAAUUCAGACGUUCCAGAACAUUUUUUGAAGAAGGUGUCGUUUACUGAGAAGAAUGAGGAUGCAGAUGUUACAGUCGUGGUUAAUACAACGUUUGCGAGGGAGGACGAUUUGUCAUGCAACAAAACCAUGGUACUCGACGAUCUCCAAGACGAAGACUUCCAAGACGCUAAAGCAACGAGUUACGAGAAUCUGAAUAGCACAUAUCCGCGCAACCUGAAAAGCACAAAGACACCAUUGAAUAGCACCUUCCAAAGACGAAAAAGUAAUAAAAUUUCGACCCAAAAUACCGACCUGCAUCGAUCAGAUCUAAAUUCAACAAUCACAAUCGAACCGGAGAAAUCCCUCCUACGCGACGACAGAACCAUCGAAAACGUGAAACGCCUACUCGACAGAAGACCCUCUCCAUCCCUCGACUUGAACCGACUCAGUUACCUCGUAGACAAAAACGAUCAAAUGAACGCAACAUUCACCCACGAAACCUCCAAGAGAAACUCAUUUGGCUCAACCGACUCUGGCGAGAACCUCGACUACAUGAGCUUGUCUUCUGGCAGCAGCAAAAGUUCGAAACCUCAAAGCAUAGACGGCAUCAACACCAUCGUCGAUAUCCAAGAAAGCGCCCGAGUGUCGAAUUUAAGAAAAUCGGAUUUGAAGCAGAUCAUGUCCACGCCCAAACCCAGGACGAAAACGCCCACAUUGUGGACAAACUACGAGAUAUCGCCCAUCAGGGAUCGCAACUCCGAUCCAGAACUGUCUUCCAAUGAACAACCGCAAACUGUGAUGAUACAAAAUUCAAUCAGGAAACAAAAAAGUGUCGGUCACAUUAAUCAAAGAAUUCCUAACCCGAAAAAUUCAGCUGUAGGGCAAAUGGAGGUGAAGCUGAUUAGGGGUUCUCACCCGAAUUUGAAGCUAACGGAGAGCAGGUCGCACUUGCAGAGGCCGUCGAAUUUGAAUUCGAUGGGGCACACUCUGAAGGGGUCGUAUACGAGCUUGAAACCCAUGAACACGAAUUUGCCGGUAGCUCCACCGCCGCUACACACAACGGUGACGGUACCUAAGGCGCCAGCAGUGGCUCAGGUAUCUCCCGUGCCGAGGGAAGUGCCAACAAAAAGUCAAGAUGCUCAAUUUGUUAAACCCCAACCACCUAGGAGUGGGUUGCCUAGACCCGUUACGGGAAUUCCGAGACCAGUGUCGAAGAUUCCAGCACCUAGGGGUGUGAGACCUGGUUCUAAGUCAGCGGGACAUCAGGGGAGACACUAAUGUACAUAUAUCAAACCUACUUUAGUGCCUUAUCUGUAACUAAAAUUCGUUAAUCGUAAUAGACUAAUUUCGUAUUUUUAUUGUUAAUAAGUUUACCCAAGUUUUAUUUGAAAAAAAGCAAUAUAUUUGAGGUUUCUUGUAGUGGCUCUGUCUUAAAUCAUUGUAAUUCAAAACACAUGACAAAAACUGACUGAUAUCUAUUAAAGUACAUAUAUAUGCAUGACUAGAUUACUUGAAGCUUUUGUAAUGUGAUUGAAUCUCUAUAUUGUAAAAAGUAUUUUGAUAAAAAAUUUGCGUGAUAUAUUUUGAAUGUGUUUAUAAUUUCGUUCAUAAGUGCCUUACGUGGUAACAAAAAAAAAAAUGGGAAUCCCGUUUUCUGCAAAGGUUUGUUGUUAUGAGUUGUAUAGUUCUGUAAUUAUUUUCUAUUGUAACCACGUCAUAUGAGUGGUUCUAACUAACUUAUUUUUACAGUUUUAUCCUGUUUUCUUUUUACUAAUAAAAACCAAGUUGGAA